AUGUUAGCAGAAAAUGCUGCGGGAUCACGGAUCGAAGGUGGGAUAGAUCCUCUCGAUGAUCGUGUUUUACGGGUUACGCGAGAAAAGUGGGUCAUGUACUUCGACGGGGCCGUUAACUUAUCCGGAUCCGGCACAGGGCGAUCCCUUAUCUCCCCGGAUGGCCAGCACUAUCCAAGAGCCGCCAAGUUAUUGUUUCCGUGCACCAAUAACAUCGCUGAAUACGAAGCAUGCAUUCUCGGGCUGCGGGUUGCCGUGGAGAUGGAAAUUCGGAGACCGCAAGUUUAUGGCGACUCUGCCCUCAUUUUCCUUCGGACAGAAGGCAAAUGGAAAACUCGUGACCCAAAGUUGAUCCCAUAUCACGAGUUUUCGGAAGAUAUAAUCGAAGAGUUCGAUGAGAUAGCGUUCGAGUAUCUUCCCGCAGCCCAGAACCGGUUCGCAGACGCGUUGGCUACCCUAUCCUCAAUGUUCCAAGUGACUGCAGGUUCGGACAUUGAGCCAUUGAGAAUCGAAAUCUUGAAGCAUUCUGCUUACUCCAUGCUAAUAGAAGAAGAGGCGGAUGGAGAGCCAUGGUAUCAAGACAUUAAGGUCUACCUGCAGACUAGAAAAUUUCCUAAGGGCAGUGAAGCAGGUGACAGGAAAUAUCCGAUGAAACUGUCUGCAAAGUUUUUCCUCGGCGGCGAUACGUUGUACAAGAGGUCAUACGACUCCGUUCUCCCGAGCAUGUUCGUUCCUGCCAUCGUUGUCGGGUCUAUGGAGAUAGAAUAG